GAGGCAUUUUUUUAAAUCAGUGCAUGUUUGACCGUCGAGCGGGGAGGUUGUGUCGCUCGGCCGCGUCGCACCCGCGGAAACUAUAUACGAAAUUCUGAAAGUUGAGUCCGUAAAACAUAUGAAUAUAAAGUGUUGUUUUUAUGCGAAUCGUGCUGUGGAAUAAGUGAUAUUUUCAGUGAUUGUGGUUGUGUAAGCUGAGUUCUGGACAGAUCAGCGAUGGAGUUGAAGUCGCCGAAAGCGAAGAAAAAGUCGAGCGCGGCCCGCGUCGUCUCCUGGAAGAAGCUGUUCAGCACGCCCAUCCUGAUCCUCCUGCUGCUCGGCACCACGAGCUGCGACAGCGACAGCGACAGCGGCGACGUCACCGGCAGCCGCGUUGACAGUGACAUUGACAUUGACAACCGCGACGUCACCGGCCGUCACGCUGACAGCGACGUCGUUCCAAUUUCGAAUGUGACGCGCAAACACAGACACGGCAUAGACAACGCGGACCGGAAGGCCCUCGGCGACAUAAAGCACCUGCGGCGGCAUCUGAACAGGGACAUUCUGAACUUUGUGAUGACCGAUGUGCUGGUUGAUGGUGAGGUUGAGAAUCGAAUUCAUUACAACGGUGUGACCGCGAAGGAGACGUACGUCGGUAGCGACGGUAACGGCCUGAAGCUCCGUCAGCUGACAGACGGCCGCCAUCUUAUCCAGAUAAUUUACACGCCAAAUGGCGCCAUUCAAGAUUGCGAAUACAUAACAGAGGGAAAAUCUACGAGAAACUUCUUAAAAACCUUAAGAAAAGAACUGAAAUUAGCGUUAGACGAGGAGGCGUUCAGAAUAACGGAAAAAAGAAAAAACAUCACGGAGGACGAACGCUUUUACCGCCAUUUCGGCAACAUGACGUUUCGCCUUUUGACAGAUGGCGAAAUUUUGCCGCCAGAAGUCGCGUCAUGGUUAGACUACGACAGAUUAAAAAUGGAAUGCUUCGAACGUCACGAAGAGUUAAAAUACAUGAUGGGAAGUAAAAACAAACUGACAAGCACGUCGCUGGCGAGGUCGCGACGGUCGUUCAGAGAGAAUUUCAUUAUGCCCGGCACGAAAUGGUGCGGCGCUGGGCAAUUAGCUAAAACCUACAACGAACUGGGCCAGGAUAGGAACGAGGACAGAUGCUGUAGGGCCCACGAUAAUUGCCGCGUCAGCAUAGGCGCAUUUAGAAGAAGAUUCGGUCUAUUCAACUAUAGGCCUUAUACGAUUUCACAUUGCAAAUGUGAUAGGAGAAGAAAGCGUGACGCGAUGGAGUUGCUGCGAGUGCCAGGCACCAAGUGGUGUGGCAAGGGGUUUUCGGCCACCCACUAUUCCCAGUUAGGUGGUUACACGAGGACGGACAGGUGUUGUAGGAUCCACGACUUGAGGUGUCCCUUCUGGAUCGGGGGGAUGGAGAAAAAGUUCGGCCUGUACAAUUGGAGAGUUAAUACGCUGAUGCACUGCCGCUGCGACGAAAGGUUCCGCGCCUGCUUAAAACUAGCUGACACGUCAGUAUCCAAUAUGGUCGGCAAACUAUUUUUCAACGUUGUCCAAACAAAAUGCUUCAUCCUAAAGCCCAUUAAAGUAUGCACGCAGCGGUCCUGGUGGGGAAAGUGUUUACGACGGGGAUACAUGAAGCAGGCGUACUUGCGGGACAACUUGCCAUAUUAAAAAAAAUAAUGACAUUGACAGAUCAAUUUUGACAGUGACAGUUAAGGCCAGUUUGCACUGUUGUAUAAUGAACUGUCAUAAUUGAGGGCGGCAAUAUUGACAUUGAUUCAAAAGUCGAAUUCAAUUAUGUUUUGUGAAUUGUGAUUUAAUUUUAUAUGUUCAUUGUAGCGGUACUUACGUAAUGUAAGUUUUUAAUGAUAAACUUUAUUGUAUGUAUGAUGAAUAUGAAAAAUAUGUAAUUUAAAUGUAUAUUUAGAUAUAUAGAUCGCUGUGGUUGCUGUUAUUCUUUUAAAUUCACUAUUUUAGUGUUUUACUCUUAGGCUUUAGCCACAUUUUAAUAUUACUUCAAAAUAACAACGGACGCACAAUAGCUCCAUCUCUUUCUUAAUGAGCUUAACUCAAAUUCACAAGAUAUACAAUACAGAUAAAAAAAAUAAUUCUAUUAACAUAUUCAAUUGUUAUCCAGUGACAACAGAAAAUAAUCCGGAAAUGUGACAAGAUGGCUGUCAUGUUAUGUAUAUUUAAAAUUAUUAAUAUAGGUAAUAAAAUAAUUAAUUAAUUAGCAAUAAGUGAUAUUAUGUACUUUUCAAUGAUGUUCCUAUAAAUUAGUAGAGCACGAUAUAUUUACUUAGCGUUAUGUAUAACGGGUCAACUCAUUUUAAAUAUGUGACAGAUGACAAAUCGAUUUAUUAUUAUAUAAUCUGUAGGCACGUAUGUGCGUGUUUAUUAUGUUAUUGAGUCGGACAUUUAUUUUAUUUUUUAUCAAUUUAAUCAU